AUGUACCAUCGCAGACUUGGCCAAGUACAUAGCUAUCCAUCUACACCUAUCAAGUGCACAAACACACUCACUCACUCACACGCGCACACAAUUCAACCCCCCAUCACAUGCGUGUGGUCAGAAUCUCCAAGCGACGUUGUCCUUUCCACCUGCAGAAAAACCUAAUUCUAUUCGCGAUAAACAUCAAUGAUACGCACACAUCUGUCUUCACCACCACCUCCAUCACCAAAGUC